AUGGAAAACCUACAGGAGGAUUUUCCCACUCAUGGUGGCUGUGCAAAUGGCACAGUCAUAGAGAAGUUCCUGAUUCAGUCCGCGGAGUCCGCGUGCCACGUUCAGCUUGCCUGCAGCACGCGGCACUGCGCUUUCCCUCUGCACGGACGUCGACUCUGCAUAUGGGACACCGAGGGCCCUCCUCAUAAGCUUCUAACCCUACAAGGACACGAUCAGUCAAUUACUGCUGUGGCUUUUGGAAAUAAAGUGAAUCCACUUCUAAUCUGUUCAGCCUCACAGGAUUAUAUCAUAAUGUGGAACCUGGAUGAAGGUAGAGAGAAAAUACUUCAAGCAUAUCCUCUCCUCAGCUUGUUCAUCGAUGAAGAAAGCAAGCAGCUUGUCACUGGGUGUGCUGAUGGCCAGCUUUGUGUCUUCAGUUUGAUUGAAACGCAUCAUUAUCGUUGUGUGGCUCGUGUUGACCUAAGGAAAAGGAGUGAGAGUUUCUGCACAGCGAGGACCAGGCCUGGGUGGUGCAGCCUCCCAGAAGAGAGUCGGCUUCGCUCCACCAAUGACCCGGAGGGAGUCGGAGAGACAGAAGUGGCCUUUCCCGUGCUGAGACUCGCACACUGUCAUCUUUCACCCCUACUCACUCCUGAACGGGGACGUCUUUCUUCUGAGAAUAGCAAAUUCUUGUGGAUCGGAAGCUCAGCUGGUUUGUUCAUACUUAAUCUCGCAAACUUUGAACUGGAAUCUGUUUUACAUUAUAAGGAUUUUCGGAGCCUCAGCAUUCGAGUUGCUGGAUCGUGCGCAGUGAUGAGCAAAGCCACGGAUUGUAAGGCAUUUUGCUUGCUCACGUCCCUGUUCGGAAGUCUGACUGCGGUGCUGGAAAUCGACCUGGCGGCCCUGGUGAGGGCUCAGCAGCGCCUCGGGGUGGGGAGGAGCCUUUCAGUGCCGGCCAGCUCCUGUGUCCUACCAACCUCUCCACUGUAUUUUGGAAACAUUGAGGAAAAACGUACCAAGCCUGCUAGUGAAAAACGAUCUGCUGCGCGGAGCGCCGUAAAGGACCAGCCUUUGGUUUUCCACAGGAGAAUUCGGUCGUCUGGCUACGCAUCGGCACCACGUACAACUAUGUUUUCACCAAAGACCAGCGUCAAGAAUGGUGGUGAAAGGUCUUCGGAGCACAGGAGCAGUCACAGACGGGAGGAAUACCCCCUGGAGAGCGGCCUGCCCACCAGGCUCGCCCGGCAGGUGGCCGUGGCCGCAGAGCCAGCUGGGGUGUGCUGCGUGCAGUACUCAGGAGAUGGGCGGUGGUUGGCCUGUGGCCUAGGCAACCAUUUGUCACUGGUCUUUGAUGCCAGCCUCACCGGGACCCCCGCUGCUUUCUCAGGUCACGAUGGAGCAGUGACCGCCAUCUGCUGGAGCCAGGACGGGAGGUGGCUUCUCUCCGCUGCCCGGGACAGGACUCUGAGGGUGUGGUCCAUUCGCAGGACAAAGCUCAUGCUCCUUCUGGGCAAAGACAUGUUUUCUAAGCCUGUGCAGUCUGCCCAGUUUUAUUACAUGGACACUUUUAUUUUGCUGUCUUCCGGCCCCGAGUGUCAGCUGCUGAAGUAUCACAUCGACACUUGCAAAGAUGAGAUACAGAGAUAUAAACAGAAGAGCAGGGCGAAGCCUGUUUUCAGGCUGUCUAUGACCGACGCUGUGGACGUGACCAGUUUGUCUGCAGUAAAUGACUUCUAUUCCCACGUCGUGCUCGCCGCCGGCCGCAACAGGACCGUGGAAGUUUUCGACCUCAACGCCGGCUGCAGCUCUGCAGUGAUAGCGGAAGCCCACUCGCGGCCUGUCCAUGAAAUCCGCCAAAAUAAAGGAUCAUCCUUUACGACCCAACAACCCCAGGCUUAUAAUCUUUUCCUGACCACGGCCAUUGGUGAUGGGAUAAAACUGUGGGACCUGAGAACCCUGAGGUAA